UCCAGUUCAUGCAGCCAUCGCUGUCACACAUACCAGCCACGCUAUUCACACGCAUGAACACCGCAAGGCGGGGGGUUUGAACACCGCACAUCCGUCAUGAAAUAUGACUUAAGUUAUAGUUAUGAGUCAUGUGAUUGCGUUUCUAAUACCACAGCACUAGCAGUUUGCAGUUAGCACCAUGUCGAUUAGGGUUUGAAGGUCGAAAUCAGUCAUUGGUCAUCGCGAGGUUGACAGCUCGGCCAAGUUGGUGUUGUUGCAAGGCAAAGCUAGCCAAAGCUGGAUUCAUCUAGUACCGUCUUGAUUGAGUGAGACUCAAUUCGACUUACUGACUCAAGUCAUCACAAGUCUGCCUUUACACAUCGGACCUAGGCCUACAGUACAGAAUUAGUUAAACAAUGGACAUGGAGGACACCGACUGGAAUGAAGAUGAGGUAGAGGAAGAUGAACCAAGAUGGACUGAGCCUGCUGACUUGCUUCUUGGGGUGCAUUCUGGUGGUUGGCGGGAGGCGAGUCUCUCCUCUUUCAGUGCCAAGCCGAGUGUAUCAACUUCUUGUGAGAGAAAUGACAGCAUCAUGUCUCGGAUGGCACUGAAUGACAACAAGGCUGGAAUGGACGGAUUGGACAAGGAGAAGAUUAACAAGAUAAUCAUGGAGGCUUCCAAGGGCUCUAGAUUUUAUGAAAACGAACGUAAGAAAGAGGCCCAGGUCAACCAGCGAAUAGAUCGCAUGAUGCAGCAGCUAGCCGGCAUUACACAGCAACAGAAGGCUGCUGCGCUAGUUGAGAUGGAUGCCAUGAUCGCUGAACUCGAGACAUCCAGAGACUUGAGUCGCAGCAUUGUCCACUUAGACAUGGAUGCCUUCUAUGCUGCGGUAGAGAUGAGAGACAACCCUUCCCUGAAGGACAAACCAAUGGCGGUGGGCGGCAUGAGCAUGCUGAGUACCUCCAACUACCACGCACGUCGGUAUGGGGUCAGGGCAGCCAUGCCUGGCUUCAUUGGCAAAAAGCUGUGUCCGGAGUUGGUCAUAGUCCCGACUAACUUUGACAAGUACCGGGCCGUCAGCGCGCAGGUCCGGGAAAUCCUGGCCCAGUAUGACCCCAACUUCUGCCCCAUGAGCCUGGACGAAGCCUACUUUGACCUGACGGGCCACUUGGAGAGAAGGAAGGGCUUCUCGGAGGCGCAGAGAACCUUUGACUAUAGGGACAGGAAUCAAGAAGAGGAUGGAUGGAACGGAGGAGGCAGUGAUGGAAGAAGGUGUGCUAACCUGUCCGGUACCCAGUACCCACACCAGGAAGGAGACAUUGAGGAUGUUAGGCGAGACGGUGCUGUCAGCAACAGAACUGGUGAUGAAGACAUUCUGCCAUCAAGUAGACAUCAUCAGGAUUUCUCUUCUGACACCAGUGCUCCAUGCCUCUGUGUUGAAUCAACUGAUUCUUCUGACAAUUGCUGCACAAGGUCUAGAGGAGAAACUGAGCGAACUAUUUCAAAUGCUGUGAAGGUAGCAACUUCUGGAAAGGGCAGACAAUGUAGGACAUUUGGGUUUACCAUCGAAGAGGCAGUGGAGGAGAUACGAUUCCGCAUCGAGCAGAAGACACAGUUGACAGCCAGUGCAGGUAUUGCUCCAAAUGUCAUGCUGGCCAAGAUUUGCUCGGACAAGAAUAAGCCCAACGGGCAGUAUCGGAUUCAACCUGAUCGGGAAGCUGUCAUGGAGUUUAUCCAAGUGCUGCCAAUUCGCAAGGUGUCUGGGAUAGGGAAAGUCACAGAGAAGAUGCUGUCGGCUCUAGGGGUACAGACCUGCACUGACCUCUACCAACAGAGGGCUCUGUUGCACCUCCUUUUCUCACAGAUAUCUUCGCAACACUUUUUGAGGAUAUCAUUGGGGAUAGGCUCGACAAAAGUUGAAAGAGACAGUGAGCGCAAGAGCAUGAGUACUGAGCGGACGUUUGGUGAGCUGCACCGGCCAGCUGACCUGUACAGCAAAUGUCAUGAACUGUGUCAGGCACUGGCUGAGGAUUUACAGAGUGAGGAACUGACUGGUAAGACAGUCACCAUCAAACUUAAGACAGUCAAGUUUGAGGUCAAGACCAAAGCCUGCUCUGUUCCCACCUGCAUCAGCUCGGCAGAGAGCAUCUUCAGCGUGGCCAAGGAUCUCUUGAGGGCCGAGAUCAGUGCCUGCAAACCGGAACCGCUCCGUCUCAGGCUAAUGGGGGUCAGGCUGUCUAAUCUCCAACCAUGCGGUGCCGCAACCAACAAGCAAGGCAACAUCACAGAGUUCUUCAGGAAACAACGGCAAACCCCAGCUCUCCAGUCUCAACAGUUACCGAAGAUGCAGCCGGGGAUCAGCAACGGUGAGGAGAGACCAAAGUCGCAGAAUACAGCAACCGUAAAUAUUUCGUCCAAUUCACCUCACAAGAGGGUGGGAACUGACUUGGCCAAUGCUGUAUUGGAGCCCGAACUGUCCACAUCCAAGGCACACAUGGAUGUUUCCGUCUCUCAGUCACAUCCAAGAGACCUGGAAUCAUGGCAGCUGUCGGAGGAAAGGACAAGGGAUGAUUUAACGAUUGCGGAAAAUCACAAGCAUACUGCAGAAACUGGAGAGGUUCCCAAGGGGUUGUUGGUUGCAUCAUCUGAUCUGCUCUGUCCUGUCUGCAAUGUCCCACAGCCAUGCACUGACCUGGAGGCCUUCAAUGAGCACGUGGACUUGUGUCUGAAUCGCAGGGCAAUACGAGAUAUGCUCAAACAGCAGGCUUCUGAGGAGAUGCCUACUACUAGCCGGAGUUCUACAUCCCCAGCCAAAGGAAAAAGGAGUUUGUCUGGCCCCAAGUCAGCGGCAAAACGACGCAAACAGGAGGUGACACAGACCAACACGCUGGACAAAUUCUUCAGCUGAUGUUGUGAGCACUUACU